GGGUCCCCCCGGGUGUCGCGGUCCCCCCGGGGGCGGAGCGGCGCCGCCCGGCCCCUCCGGUGUCCGGUUACCGGCGGCCGCAGGAGCCGCCGUCCCGCGGAGCCGCGGCCCCCGCGCUGCCCACGCAGGUGUCACCGGCGGGUCCCCAGCAUGGCGGAAGCUCACCAGGCCGUGGCCUUCCAGUUCACGGUCACCCCCGAGGGCUUGGACUUCCACCUGAGCCGCGAGGCCGUGCGCCAGCUCUACCUGGCCGCCGUCCACUCAUGGAAAAAGCGCUUGGUCCGCGCCAAGAACAGCUUCCUGACCGGCGUGUACCCCGCGUCGCCCUCCAGCUGGAUGGUGGUGGUGAUGGCCACCGCCGGCUCCUGCUACUGCCAGGUGGAUCCGUCCCUGGGGCUCAUCGCCCGCAUCCAGCACUGGCUGCCCCGCGGCGAGGCGCUGACCCCCCAGGCGCAGGCCGUGGUCAGCACCGUGGUGUUCUCCACGGGGGCCUGGCUGGCGGCCGUGCUGCUCUUCCGGAGGCUGCUCCGCCUGAUGCUCUCCUACCACGGCUGGAUGUUCGAGCCCCACGGGCGCAUGAGCCGCAGAACCCGGCUCUGGAUCGCGCUGAUGAAGAUCAUGUCCAUCCGCAAGCCCCUCCUCUACAGCUUCCAGAGCUCCCUGCCCAAGCUCCCGGUGCCCCCCGUGAAAGCCACCGUCGCCCGGUACCUGGAGUCGGUGCGGCCGCUCCUGGAUGAUGACAAGUACCAGGAGAUGGCGGCGCUGGCCAAGGAGUUCCAGGAGAAGACGGCGCCGCGGCUGCAGCGGUACCUGCUCCUCAAGUCCUGGUGGACGACCAACUAUGUCAGUGACUGGUGGGAGGAGUACAUUUACCUGCGCGGCCGCAGCCCCCUCAUGGUCAACAGCAACUACUACGCCAUGGAUUUCCUGUACGUGAUCCCCAGCCCCAUCCAGGCGGCGCGGGCGGCCAACGUGGUGCACUCCCUCAUCCUCUACCGGCGGCGGCUGGACCGGGGCGAGAUUCCCCCGAUGAUGGCGCUGGGCGUGGUGCCCAUGUGCUCGUACCAGUCGGAGCGGAUGUUCAACACCACCCGCAUCCCGGGAAAGGAGAGCGACACGCUGCUGCACCUGGCGGACAGCAAACACCUGGCCGUGUACCACAAGGGCCGCUACUACAAGGUGUGGCUGUACUACGGGGGGCAGCUGCUGCCCCCCGCCGACCUGGAGAUGCAAUUCCAGAGGAUCCUGGAUGAUCCCUCGCCCCCCCAGCCCGGGGAGGAGCGGCUGGCGGCGCUCACCGCCGGGGAAAGGGUGCCGUGGGCCGAGGCGCGGGCGCGGUUCUUCAGCCGCGGCCCCAACAAGGCGGCGCUGGACGCCAUCGAGCGCGCCGCCUUCUUCCUGACGCUGGACGAGGACGAGCACGGCCACGAGCCCGCCCGGCCCGGCUGCAUGGACGCCUACGCCAAGUCCCUGCUGCACGGCCGCUGCUACGACCGGUGCGUGACCCCACUCCCUCCCCAACGCCCCCUGUCCCCCCCCCAGUUCAUGCUGGCCACGGACAAGUUCCAGCUGGGCUACACCGAGGGGGGGCACUGCAAGGGGGACCCCAGGCGGCAGCUGGCCCCCCCCCAGCGCCUGCAGUGGGACAUCCCCCCCGAGGGGGUGGCGGCCAUCGAGGCGUCGCUGCGGGUGGCGCGGGCGCUGGCCGAGGACGUGGAUUUCUGCUGCUUCCCGUUCUCCACCUUCGGCAAGGGGCUCAUCAAGCGCUGCCGCACCAGCCCCGACGCCUUCAUCCAGAUCGCCCUGCAGCUGGCACACUUCCGCGACAAGGGCUCCUUCUGCCUGACCUACGAGGCCUCCAUGACGCGGCUGUUCCGCGAGGGCCGCACCGAGACCGUGCGCUCCUGCACCUCCGAGUCCACGGCCUUCGUGCGCAGCAUGGCCGACAGCCGGCGCAGCCGCUCGGAGCGGCAGCAGCUGUUCAAGGCGGCGGCCGAGAAGCACCAGCAGCUCUACCGCCUCGCCAUGACCGGCGCGGGCAUCGACCGCCACCUCUUCUGCCUCUACCUGAUGUCCCGGUACCUCGGCAUGCAGAGCCCCUUCCUGGCCAAGGUGCUGUCGGAGCCCUGGCGCCUCUCCACCAGCCAGACCCCGCAGCAGCAGCUCAAGAUGUUCGACUUCGAGGAAUUCCCCGACCACGUCUCCAGCGGCGGCGGCUUCGGCCCCGUGGCAGACGAUGGUUAUGGGGUGUCCUACAUCAUCGCCGGGGAGAACCUCAUCACCUUCCACGUGUCCAGCAAGUUCUCCAGCCCCGAGACGGACUCGCAGCGUUUCGGCCGCAACAUCCGCCAGGCCAUGCUGGACAUCGCGGCGCUCUUCGACAAACCCCCCGCCGCGGCCGGGAAGUGACCGGGGGGGCCGGGGGUCGCUGCCCCGGACCUGCUCCCAAUAAAGGCUCUUGGUGUGA